AGGAGACUAGAUGGGGUUUAUUGAGCGCGCGAAACAGAUUUAAGAUUUAAGCAAGUCAAUGUGGAGUUAAUUGUUGUUUUGGAUUAUAUAAAAAUUUUAAAAGAAUGGCGGCUACAGUAGCUAAAAGCAAGGACAUCGUUACACUAAAGGGAAGUGCAGAGAUGGUCGUAGAAUAUUUCAAUUAUGCAAUAAACAGCAUUCUGUAUCAAAGAGGGAUCUAUGCACCAGAAACCUUUAAAAGAGAAACAAACUAUGGACUCCCAAUGCAAAUGACAGAUCAAGCAGACCUUAAAGAUUAUAUAAGUACAAUUUUAAGGCAAAUUCAAGCAUGGCUAAUUUCCAAAACGAUACAGAAAAUUGUUUUAGUUAUAACAUCAAUUGACACUCAUGAAGAUUUAGAGAGAUGGCAGUUUGACAUUGAAUGUGACAAAGCAGCAUCAACAGAUGUCAGCUAUUUCAAAGAUAAGCCACUGAAGGAUAUUCAAAAAGAAAUUAGAGAGAUUAUCAGACAAAUUGUGGCAACAGUUACAUUUCUUCCAAUGAUAUCAGAUAGAUGUUCAUUUGAUGUUCUUGUGUAUACCGACAAAGAUGAAGAAAUACCUCUUGAUUGGGAAGAAUCAGACCCACAUUUCAUUGCCCUUUCACAAGAAGUCAGACUGAAAUCACUUUCAACUGGGGUACACAAAGUAGACACAGUCGUGGCAUACAAAACUGACACAGACUCUUGAAUCAUGUUGAGUAAAAUCAUAAAAUUUACAAUUUGGUCGUUAUUUUCAUGUAUUGCAACUUAUCAUUACAGCUAUGUUAGAUAUA